CCCAUCCCCCCUCUUCCAUAACAGCCCAUGCCUCCCUCUCUUUGUGCCCUUUCCUGCCCUGUCUCCCUCCCUAUUCCUGCACCUUCACCCGUCAUUCCUCCUUUUCCGCCCAUCCUUACACCCUUCUCUCCUCCCUCCCUCCCUGGGUCUCCUCGCCACUAGGUCCUAGGUCAUCUCUGUCUCGGCUUCAUCACCUCAGCCUGCCCCUCGCGGCUGCCUUGUGUUGGUCUCUGGAUCCCCCUCAGGGUGGGAGCAGGUUGUGACCAGGCACAGCUGGCUCACCCCAAAGCAGAAUCUCUCCAUCCCAGAGGACCGUGGGAAGGCCAUUUGGCCACCCCUAUGUGACAGUUGAGGGCUGUGGCUUGCAGAAGGCACAAGUGAGCUCUCUGCCCUGUGCUCCAGGGAAUCAGAGUUGUGGCUGUGAGGUGUGACCCAGCUCCUCUGCUACCAUGAACAGGGCCCCUCUGAAGCGGUCCAGGAUCCUGCACAUGGCGCUGACCGGGGCCUCCGAUGCCUCUGGAGAGGCUGAAGGCAACAGGGAGAAGCCCUUUCUGCUGCGGGCUUUGCAGAUCACAUUGGUAGUCUCUCUCUACUGGCUUACCUCCAUCUCCAUGGUGUUCCUUAACAAGUACCUGCUGGACAGCCCCUCCUUGCAGCUGGACGCCCCUAUCUUUGUCACCUUCUACCAGUGCCUGGUGACCACAGUGCUAUGCAAGGGCCUCAGCACACUGGCCACCUGCUGCCCAGGUACUGUGGACUUCCCCACCCUGCACCUGGACCUUAGGGUGGCCCACAGUGUCCUGCCCUUGUCAGUGGUCUUCAUUAGCAUGAUCACCUUCAAUAACCUCUGCCUCAAGUAUGUCGGUGUGGCCUUCUACAAUGUGGGCCGCUCGCUGACCACUGUCUUCAACGUGCUGCUCUCCUACCUGCUGCUCAAGCAGACCACCUCCUUCUAUGCCCUGCUCACCUGUGGCAUCAUCAUUGGUGGCUUCUGGCUUGGUGUGGACCAGGAGGGAGCAGAGGGUACCCUGUCCCUGACGGGCACCCUCUUUGGUGUGCUGGCCAGCCUGUGUGUCUCACUCAAUGCCAUCUACACCAAGAAGGUGCUCCCGGCGGUGGACGGCAGCAUCUGGCGCCUGACCUUCUACAACAAUGUCAAUGCCUGUGUCCUCUUCCUGCCUCUGCUACUGCUGCUCGGGGACCUGCGGGCCCUGUGGGACUUUGCCCAGUUGGAUAGCGCCCACUUCUGGGGGAUGAUGACACUCAGUGGCCUAUUUGGCUUUGCCAUUGGCUACGUGACAGGACUACAGAUCAAGUUCACCAGUCCCCUGACCCACAAUGUGUCGGGCACGGCCAAGGCCUGUGCCCAGACGGUGCUGGCUGUCCUCUACUACGAGGAGACCAAGAGCUUCCUCUGGUGGACAAGCAACAUGAUGGUGCUGGGGGGCUCUUCCGCCUACACCUGGGUCCGGGGCUGGGAGAUGAAGAAGACUCAGGAGGAGCCCAGCCCCAAAGAGGAUGAGAAGAGCACCUUGGGCGUAUGAGCUCCUCCAGGGCCUCUGGAUGGCCCGGCCUUGGGAGGAAUACUCGAAUGGGGCCAGCACAGCAAUGAGGUCUGUCCCCGUGGACUCUGUGCUAUGUUGUGGGUAUUGUUCACAGACCUGAUCAGAAUGCAGUGUUUUCAAGUAAUAUCAGAAAGUUACCAAAACUCUCUACCUUCUUUCCAGUUUCAGGAAAAAAUGUCCUUCCCUAGAAGGACACCCUAGUGGGAGUGACACCCCUUCUUGCCCCUUCCCAGGGCCUGUCUACCUCCACAUCACUCUGGGAGUGGGAGUGGGAUGCAACUUUUAAGGGACAGUAUUGGCAUAGCUAUGAAGUCUUCACUUAUACUCAGGGGAGAUGGGGCGUGACACCACCACAGCAAACUGAGGUGAGUCUGGAAACCUUCCAUCUCUAGCAGACAGGCAGCAUAGCUUUGGCCCCACAAACCAGCCUUCCUUCAGAGGAGCGUGUGGGCUGGGCUGAAGGAGGGAAUGAAGGAGUGUCCUCUGAGACCAGCAGACCCAGGGGUUGCUGGGCAGGGAGAGGCCUGGGAAUGGGGUGGAUCAGGAGAAAGUGCCCACCACCUGCACCCUGUAGUUCCAGCUUUUGAACAUGAAAAACCACACACUCUUACAAAUUAAACAGGGUCAUUAACAUCUUCCAUACCUGCCUGGUUUCUCUGCCCCAAGGAGAGACUGCCUCUUGUCUCCCACCUGCUUCUCCCAUUUCCCAAUUCUGCAUCCCUCUAUGCCUUCAUCCUCAGGAGGGGCUAAUGGAGCAAGGGUCAGGGGCUCAGAGUCUUCCAUAUCAGCUGUGCCUGGUCCCCAGAUUCCUGGGGAGGGGGGAUGAGAAUCAGACUCUGAGUCUCUUUCCUUGUGAAGGUGAUAAAUAUAUUUCCAUUCUUCUCUGAAGUUGGGGCUGCAAGAACUGCUGCUUGUCCCCAGUCUUAGUUUAGCAGGCUAAACCUAUAAAAAAAAAAUACCUAUAAAAAAAUACCAAGGA